AUGAUGAAAGAUUGCAUUGACUAUUCCAAGGGGCGUGAGUCUUGUCAAAGACACGGCCUAAUCCAGCAGGUUCCUUCAGUUCCCAUGAAUCCAGUGGUAAAGCCAUGGCCCUUUAGGGGAUGGGCAAUGGACCUCAUUGGCAAGAUCUAUCCAACCAGCAGCCAGCAACACUGUUUUAUCAUUGUUGCCACAGACUAUUUCACUAAGUGGGUAGAAGCUAAGCCUGUUAAAUCCACUACAUCUCAAGAGAUCAUCACUUUCAUAGAAGAACAGAUUAUACAGAGAUUUGGCAUCCCAAAAUCAAUCACAACUGACAGAGGAUCUUCUUUCAUAUCUAGAGAUAUGCUGGAUAUGGCAGAAGCUUUCAAAUUCAAACUGCUUCAAUCCACUCCUUAUUAUGCUCAAGCUAAUGGACAGGCAGAAUCAAGCAACAAGGUGAUCAUCAACAUUAUCAGAAAACUGCUUGAGAAGAAUCCAAAGCAGUGGCAUGAGAAGUUGUCAGAAACUCUGUGGGCAUAUAGAACUUCAAAGAGAGAAGCAACUGGCAUGACCCCCUAUGCAUUAACCUAUGGUCAUGAUGCAAUUCUGCCUAUGGAGAUAGCUGUUCAGUCCCUCAGAAUUGCUCACCAACAUAAUCUGGUAGGAGAAAACUACUCUCAAGCCAUGCUGCUAGAACUGGAAGAAUUGGAUGCAAGCAGAAUUGACACCCUCAAUAAACUCCUAGCAGGAAAGCAAACUGUGUCAAGGGCUUAUAACAAAAGAGUCAAAAACAAGAGUUUUGAAGAGGGAGAGAUAGUCUGGAAAGUGGUUCUGCCCCUUGGAACACAUGUGGCUGGUUAUGGAAAAUGGUCACCCACAUGGGAAGGCCCUUUCAUAAUUAAUCAGAUCCUUGGAAUGGGGGCAUACAGAUUGCAGGAUCGAGACGGAGAAGUUCAUGCUGCCCCAAUCAAUGGCAAGUGGUUGAAGAAAUUCUAUCCAACUAUGUGGGAUUCUCAGGCUGCACAGACAGAUCCUGGGAUAGAGAAGGAACAACACUGA